CCCUUGUCAGAAUAAAUUUUCAACAGAGACUAAUGAAGCUCCUUUCGUCAUUCAUCCUCUUCCAAUUUGCUUCUCUAAAGUUAACAUUACCUCAACCAAGUUUUUCAAGACCAGAAAGAUCAGAGCGGAGGCUUGAGGCAUCUGCGGAGAGUCAAAGAUCCUUAAAGCUAUUCUUUUUCCUUGUAAACAAAACAUCAACUGUGUACUAAGUUUUAUAAAUCCUGCUUUUGUAUCUCUCUCUUUAAAUCUAUUUUUCCUUUACAAUCAGAUUAUCAGAUCAAUUUAGGCGCUUUCUGAUGUGAGGGAAAUUUGAGAGAAUAGAGAGACAAGGAAAUAAAGAGAAAAGACGGCAUUCAAACUUUCCAUUCAUGAAAUCCUCAGGUGCUUAUACUUUUGAUUGACCGAACCAAUCAAGUUUCCAUUCUUCCUUUCCCCUUUUUGUAUUUUGCAUGCAAUAAUAUCCCUUUAAGAGCGCCGAAAUUGUUCUUGGAAAGUUGGAACAUAUACCCAGGACUCGUUGAGCCAGCAGUUGAACCAGUGGUUGGUUCUGGUGUAUAAUAAGUCCGCAUAUGAGAAUUUCGAAGGAAGCUUGUGUUCUCCUGGUAUCUUGUAGCUUGGUAGGAGAUAUCGUCUUUUUAAGUUGAGAAACAUGAAAAACUGCAACCAUCUGACUGCUUUGAAGCCAAGAAUUCAAUUCAUUGAAUCACCUCGAGGGGCCCUUUAUAAAUGGUUUCAAGCCCUUCGGUAACAAGUUGGACCAGAGAUUGUUGUCUAUACAUAUAUACUGUCUCAUACAAUGAAACUUGAUACUCUCCUGUGAGUACCAGCCAAUUGCUUCAUUUUGUGCUGUGCUCUCUGUAGAUAGAGCUUGAGAAGUUUUAGUUGUUCUUGUCUGAAGUGAGGGAAUCUUAGUGUCUCCUUGAAGAUAAGCAAUGUGCAUUAGAGAAGGCUAGUCAUAUAUUGUAUAUGAAUUCUGAUAGAGGAAGCCGAGAUUCCCACUUGGGGAGGCUUACCAUGACAAAUACAACGGAUGUAAUUUUUUCAAGCUUAGAAUGGGCGAGAGAGUCCCCUUCAAGUAUGAAUUAUUCUUGCCAAAAUGUGUUGUGGAAAAUAGAAUCAUAGUCAGAUGUAUAGUAAACCACGGCGUUUUAAAUUAGGGUCCAUGAUAAAAUUUAGCCACUUUUUCAGCUAAAAGGAGGUGUACUAUAGUUUGAAAAUGCGCAUAUUGGUUUCUCUGUCCAAACACGGAUUUCUUGGUGACCUCUAUACUUCCGUAAACCUUCAAUGAUAUCCAUGGUAAUGUUGGAUCAUGUUGUAUGUGGAAUAGGCAAUAGUUGGAGAAGGCUCGUCAACUGUUUCUCCCUUCUCCAAUUUCCUGCUCACUUUCCUCAAAAUUCUCUUCCCUUCAUUUUUUCUCGCAGCAUGAACAACUGUUUCUCCCUUCUCCAAUUUCCUGCUCACCUUCCUCAAAAUUCUCCUCCCUUCAUUUUUUCUCGCAGCAUGAACAAAGUACUUGGCUUCAGAAGAUAAUACUUAAGAGUUUUGACUUAAUUUGAAACGAUACUGUUUGUGGUUUAAAACAAUUAUGAUGACACUAAAACUUGCAGUUUGUUGGUGCGAAAUUGUAGUGAUUAUUUCGACACGAGGAUGACUAAUUGAUGAUAUGCAGAAACUUUGUUCUCCUGAAUGAUUCAGCAGAUUCUAUUAUUCUUCUCCAUUUAACAGAGUUUUGAGGGUGAGGAAGAACAGAGGAAACAAUUACCAAAAUAACAUUUAUUAUACAAUCCCCAUUUCGCUAAAAGUUUUAGUACAUAUGAUACAAAAAUAACAAGAAUAUACUUAAUUUUUAUCUACUUAAAAUUUGCAAAUAAGGUAAUAAAACAUCCUUGAAUUUGAAAUGUUUUAGUUAGAAGGGCAUAUUUUGUCUUGUUUGGUCCAUACUAGCUUAUUUAGAGAGGGUGUGAAUAUUUAGAGGAUUAAUUUAGAUAAUCAGUCAAUGGAUCUAUGUAUUAAACUACGUAGAAUCACCAUAUAAUCAAAUAUAUAUGUAUAUGUAUAUGUAUAUGUUACCCCUUUGGCACGCUGAAGUCGUCCGAAGGUCCUCCUUUUAGGAAGUGACCUAAUUUCACUACUUCCCUCAUGUCUAAACGACUUUCAGUUCGUAUAUAUAUUUAUAUGUUAUUUAAGCAAAUUCUGGAAAUUAAAGCAAACGAAAGCCAUUGUGAAAGACGACAAACAUUUUGACCGACCUAAAUGGAUAGCUGUGCAAAUUGGGUUGGACUUUCCAACGUAGGUUGGUAUAGGAGUACCAAAGCCUUAAAUUCUAGCUGAGUCUUUCUUCCUUAAAUGCUCUCUGCAGUUGAUCAUCUUGAGAGGCUGAGUUAGAUGCAAUGAGUUCUUCAGGGCUGAUUUUCUUUUCUUUGAUUCUGACAUGGCUUGUUAAUCUCACAAUAGCCCAGAAUCGGCCAGAACCAUUGUAUCACUUAUGUUCAAACACCCUGGGCAACUACACUGCCAAUAGUACCUACUCCACAAAUCUCAAACAACUUGUCUCUAACCUUUCAUCUCUUGAACAAAAUGAUUAUGGGUUCUACAACAUCUCUACUGGCCAAAACAAUGAUAUUGUUAAUGCAAUUGCACUUUGUAGAGGAGAUGUUCGACCUGAUGCUUGUGACAGCUGCAUUCAAAAUGCUGCCAACCAGCUCACUGGGCAAUGUCCAAACCAGAAGGACGCAUUUGUCUUCUAUGAUAAUUGUAUGUUUCGUUACUCAAAUCUAUCUAUGUUUGGCAUCAAGAAAAGUAGUGCUGUGUUCUACAUGUGGAACCGAGAAAAUGUUACACAACAGGAUGGAUUCAAUCAGGUUCUGAGGAACUUGUUGGAUAACCUGCGAAAUAGAGCCGCAUCGGGUGGCUCUCUUCGUAAGUAUGCAACUGCAAAUGCAUCAGCUCCUGGUUUCAAAAUCAUAUUUGCACUUGUGCAGUGCACUCCUGAUUUAUCUGGGGAUGACUGCAACAAUUGCCUUAUCGAUACCAUUUCAAGAAUUCCACAAUGUUGUGAUGGGAAGGCAGGAGGAAGGGUUAUAGCACCCAGUUGUAACUUUAGGUAUGAGAUCUAUCGUUUCUAUGACCCUGCAGCUGGUCUGGAAUCUGCAGUUCCACCAACACCAACACUAUCUCCAACAGUAACUCCUCCACAGCCACCCUCAAAUGCACGAGGUAUCUGCUUUUGCAAUGGAGAAGAAAUAGCUGUGAAAAGGCUGUCAAAGGGUUCAGAACAAGGAGAUCUAGAAUUCAAGAAUGAGGUUAUGUUGCUUGCCAGGCUUCAGCACCGGAAUUUGGUUAGGCUCCUAGGUUUCUGCUUAGAAGGCAAUGAAAGGAUUCUCAUCUACGAGUUUGUUGUGAAAGCUAGCCUUGAUCACUUCAUAUUCGAUCCAAUCAAGCGCAUACAAUUGGACUGGGAAGGUCGCUACAAAAUCAUAGGAGGCGUAGCUAGAGGAAUUCUUUACCUUCACGAGGAUUCCCGUAUUAGAAUAAUUCACCGUGACCUCAAAGCUAGUAACAUCUUACUAGAUGCAGAAAUGAACCCCAAAAUUGCAGAUUUUGGCAUGGCCAGGUUGUUUGUGAUGGAUCAAAGUCAUGCUGAUACAAGUAGAGUUGUUGGAACCUACGGAUAUAUGGCUCCAGAAUAUGUAUUGCAAGGCCACUUCUCUGUCAAAUCCGAUGUAUUUAGUUUUGGUGUGUUAGUUAUUGAAAUUGUUAGUGGCCAGAGAAACAGUUGUUUUCGCAGUGGAGAGAAUGUAGGAGACCUCCUAUCUUAUGCAUGGAAGUGCUGGAGAGAUGGGCUACCUAUGGAUCUUGUUGAUUCCAAUUUGUUGUCCGGUUCUGGUUCGGUGUCAGAAAUGAUGAGAUGCAUACAUAUUGGCUUGCUGUGUGUUCAAAAGAAUGAAGCCAGCAGACCAAGCAUGGCUUCAAUUGUUCUGAUGCUUAGCAGCUAUUCUCAGAGUCUACCCACACCUUCACAGCCUGCAUUCUUUAUGCACAGCACCAUUGACUCAGACUUGGAGUAUAACUCGAAUACGACACAAUCCAAUGGAUCAACUAGUUUUCACUCGAAAGAUUCGAAGAAUGAGGUUUCAAUUACUGAUCUGUAUCCCCGAUGAUGUCUUCCUCACUUGAAGUGUUAAUAAAAUACAGAGAAUUAUUGUAAUUUAUCCUAAUUUAAAUUUAUCAA